CACAUUCCCAUGAUGCUUCAUUCAUCAUGGCGGCGCCCCGUUAGAGACAUGCUUGUGUGUAAACAUCGAUGAAAACUUAGCGACACCCGCUUUUUCAAAUAUCUGGCAGCAGUAUAUCAUUUCUGAUAACGUUAUAGAAUAAUCGGAAAGAGAACAUUUACCGAAUUGUAAAAUGAAGACCAAAUCGUCUUACCAUAAAUCUGAAAACACCUUCAGGUUUCUUACGUUCUCUGAACGGCUUGCCAAUGUGAAUAUCGAUGUUAUCCAUCGCAUCGACAGAACGGGCAGUUACGAUGAAGUGGUAGAAACAUAUUUUUUUGAAGGACUGACGAAAUGGAGGGAUUUGAAUUUGACAGACCAUUUUACCGCCUUUUUGAAAGAAGUGAUCCACAAGAGUCAGUCCUUCAACCUGCUCGUGUUCCACCAGCAGUCCAUAGUAGAGAGUCUCAAGACCCACCUCAGGGUGCGGGACAGCCUGGCUUACCAGCCCCUGCUGGACCUGGUGGUGCAGCUGGCCCGGGAUCUCCAGGUCGAUUUCUACCCUCACUUCCAGGACUUCUUCCUCAUCAUCACCUCCAUGCUGGAGACCCAGGACACAGAGCUGCUGGAGUGGGCCUUCACCUGCCUCUCGUACUUGUACAAGUACCUGUGGAGGCUUAUGGUCAAGGACAUGAGUCAGAUGUACUGUUUAUACAGCACUCUCCUGGCUCACAAGAAAGACCACAUACGUAACUUUGCUGCAGAAAGUUUUGCAUUUUUGAUGAGGAAGGUGCCUGAUCUGGAUGAACUCUUCACCUGCAUGUUCCAGGACCUGGCUGAUCACUCCCAAAAAGCAGAAGGUGUGGGACAGCUUCUAUUCCAGAUGUGCAAAGGGGUCCGCAACAUGUUCCACUCAUGCGCCCACAAGGCUCUUCCAGUGGCCAUGCGGAAGCUGGGCCCUUCAGGUGAAGGUGGCGUCUCUCUGCCCUGGACAGCUGUUGGAGAAGCUCUGGAUCACAUGGCAGAAGCAGCAGCCGAUCACAUCCACAAGGAACACUUGCUGUUGCUGUGGGAGUGUCUAGAGAACUGCUUGGUGGAGGUGCUGCAGAAGCUUGAGUCCGGAAGCGAGGGCGGCCAGGUUUCUGAACACAUGGAGAGGCUCCUGAACAUCUACCACACACUGGCGGAGCACAGAGGCGGAGCCAAGGUCACCCGGCCAGAGUCUGUGUGUGAGACCUUGAUCAAGCUGAUCCAGGCCCCCCAGCUUUCAUCAUCCUGUCAACAGUUACUGCUCCAGGUGACAUCAUCACUGCUGCUUGGAGAGAACGUGUCUAUGCCUGAUGUUCUGAUUCAGGGGCUGCUUACCAAGAUCUUCAGAAUUGGAAGAGACCAGGACAUCAUCCUGCCCUUUGCGAAGGAGAUGUUUGGCAUGAAGCAGUUUGAACAGCUCCUGCUGCCCAGUCUGUUGCAGUAUCUGGAGCACAUGUUUGGGAGUGAGGACCCUGUGACCCGCCAACUGGCCCUGGAACUCCUCACCAGUCUGAUCCUGGCCAAAGCUGAACCGCCCUCCGACGGCUCCCUGGCCUUUGAGAAGUACCCCUUGGUCUUCACCGGCCAACUCCCCAUGAUGUCUGACUCUACAGAGGCUAAACGGCCUGUGUCUGUGCCUCUGUAUGUACUGUCGCUUCUCGACCGCCCAAAGGAGGAGGCCUUCGGAGACCUCUCUCACCUCUGGGCAGCCCUAGUGGUUCUGCCGCACAUCAGGCCUCUGGAGUCAGGCAGCGUUAUUCCCAUGGUAACGGCGCUCAUCGGUCGCCUGUUAGACAACGUGGAGGCUGGAGUUUUGGGAAAGGGGGGCCUCUUUGUGGCCAGACAGGCCCUCAGCACCCUGCUCAGCUUCAAAGAGUCUGCUGAGGUUCUGGCCCUGGUUCCGGUGGAGUGGGUCCGGAGUAUUAUCCAGAAGUUCCCCACAGACCUCUCUGCUCUGCUGCUGGGUGACCUAUACUUCACAAGACUUUCACUGAAUGGUUGCUCUGCCCACCUCUCCCAUGAUGCAAUGCUGGAGUUGCACCAGAUGCUGCACGCUAACCUCUCCUCCAAUGUCUCUAAGAUUCGACUCCUAACUCUGAGAAUACUGACUCACUUUGAGGCGGACAUUCCCAAACAAACUGAGGGUGAGGAGAGUGUGGAGAUGCAGUCGGUGUUCAGGCUGUGUCUGCAGGCAGAGCUCGUUCCAGCCACGCUGCACGACUACAGGGAGAAGCUGCUGCACCUGAGAAAGCUGCGACACGACCUGGUGCAGCCUGCCCUGCCCCGGGGGCCGUUCCAGCAGGUGCCCCUACGUUACCUGAUUGGAAUGCUGUUCAUAAAUUUCAGCCCCCUCUGGGACCCAGUUAUUGAGCUUGUGGUGACCCACGCAAAUGGAAUGGAAAAUAAAGACUUCUGGAAGGUCUUCCAUGAAAACCUUGAAAUGGUGGCUGUUCUAGCAGAGAAGGAGCUUCGUGAGGAUGAUGAUGAUGAUGAUGAUGAUGAUGAAGACGAAGAGAAAGCAACGCAGACUGCCGCUCCUGACAUAGACGUGGUCCAGAGCGGGGACUUGGGGGUUCUGUUCCUGGAGCAGCUGGACCAGGCCUCCAGCCCCAACGACCGCACAGACUUCACAAACUUCCGCUUCCUGCUGUGGAAGGCCAUGGUCAAAUUUCCCGACCGGGUGGAACCGCGCAGCCGCGAACUGAGCCCGCUGCUCCUGCGCUUCAUCAGUAAGGAGUUCUACCCAGCGGACCUGAUGGUGGCUCCCACCCAGAGCCUUAGAAAGAUGGGUGGCACCUCCACAGAAACCGAGAAGUCUGGGGAGGGAGAGCUGGAACCCAGGGAGGAAGAGGAGGAGAAGGAGCCAGCAGAGGUGUCCAAACAGGCUGGGAGAAAGACACCAAGGAGAGCAGCAGCCAAGCAACUUAUUGCUCACCUGAAAGUGUUCUCCAAAUUCACCAACCCCCGUUCUCUGUAUCUGGAACCCAACCUGCAUCAGCUAUACACACAGUUGCUGUGCCAUCAGGACCAGGAGAUCCAGAAGAUGGCACUGGAAUGUGAGCUGACUUACAAGCACCCCCACGUCCUCCCCUACAAGGAAAAUUUACAGCGGCUUCUGGAUGAUAAGCACUUUAAAGAGGAGAUCGUCCACUUCAACAUUUCUGAGGAAGGGUCCGCUGUGGAAGCUUCACACAGACCCGAUCUCAUCCCUGUGCUAAUGAGGAUCCUAUACGGGCGCAUGCGCAGCCGGACUGGCAGUAAGUCUCAGGGCAAGGCCAGCACCACCACCCGCUUCUCCAUAGUGCUGCGCUUUCUGGCUGGCUGUCUGCCUGAGGAGCUCGGCAUGUUCAUCGACCUGCUGCUGGAGCCCGUCCAUCAGCACAGUCACGGUACGUGUGUGGAGGCGGUCCAGCGGGCGGUGGAGCAGACGGACCUCUCUGCAGUCCUUCCUCUGGGGCGACAGCACAGUCUGUUUAACCUCCUGGACGUGGUCAUCCAAAAGCUGGGUCACCUGAUCCACCAGUACCUGCCAAAGGUGCUGCAGAUCCUGCUGUGUGUCACCGCCUCAGUCUGCACCAUCCUGGAUCAGAGAGACCAGUUGAAAGCAGGCUGCAUCAGUCCUCUGAAGAACCUGAGGCGCCUGGGAAUCCUGCGGAUCAACGACUUCUUCGACGGCUUUGAGUCGUACAGCUUCAGUGCUGAUGAGCUGGAUGCCGUGUUUCAGGCUGUGGUCUGGCCUCAGGUGUGCCGCCUCCCCACAGAGAGCCCCUACGCCCCCACCCCCCUGCUCAAACUGAUCCGCGUGUGGAGCAGGAAUGCCAGGUAUUUUCCUCUGCUGGGAAAGCAGAGGCCUGGCCACCUGGAGUAUGACGUGCUGCUCAACGUCUUCGCCCUGCUUGCCGCCAAAAAUGUUUCCCCGGCAACCGUUGCCAUGGUGAUGGACAUCGCAGAAAGCCUGGUGACCACUCCGGACUUCCUGCCCACGGAGAGGGAGGCCGAGCUGACCGUAAACGGCGUUGUGGUUCCAGAGCCGGGCGACGGGUGUGAAAUCCCUGCAGAUGCUCUGACCCUGGGUUCAAAGCUCCUCCUCCCACACAUCUCCACGCUGCUGCAGUACCUCGGCGGGGUUGUCCGCAACUCCGACCGUAUCAAGAAAAAGAAGUUCAGAGCUCAAGUGAACAAGGAGCUGAACAUCCUCUCAAAGAUCAGCAGAUUUGUGAGUGAUAAGGAGCAGAGCUCCACGUUGAUCAGCCUCCUGCUGCCACACCUCCACAGACCCCAAACCGCACAGGAGACGCUGCUCGACAUCCUGGAGACGGUUCAGAACCUGCUUCGCCGCUGCGCAGACCCCACCUCCUUCCUCAGGCCCUUGAGCCGACUCUUCUCCAGCAUCCACAGCAAGCUGCCUCGGCAGGCCCUGUGCGUCACCUUUCAGACGUUAUCAGACCUAGACGGCGGACUGAAGUACAUCACGGAUGUGGCCGCGCAGCUCAACGCCUUCGACAGCCGCCACCUGGAUGAGAUCCACUUCGACGUGCGUCUGACGGCCUUCCAGGGCGCAACGCAGCGCAUCAGAGAGAUGGAGGCCCUGGACAUGAACUACCUGCACACCAUCAUGCACAACUGCUUCCACUCUUUUGAGAUUGGGGACAUGUCCUUGGCUGAUAGUGCCAACUCAUGCCUGGCAGCUAUCGUCACACGGCUGGCGUCAGUGGAGCACACCGAGGAGGAGUACAGAGAAAUCGUACAGCGCACCUUGCUGGACGCAGUACGGAGAGGCCUCGGCAGCAAAACGGAGACCGUCCAGCAGGACUACACCACGGUCCUCUCCUGUCUGACUCGGGCCUUCCCCUCUCGUCCGGAGUUCCGAGACCUGGUGCAGCUCACUGACUAUAACGACCCUGAGUCUGACUUCUUUGAGCACAUGAAGCACAUCCAGAUCCACAGAAGGGGGCGUGCCCUGCGGAAGUUGGCCAAGCAGCUGACUGAGGGAACGGUUGUGAUGUCCCCAAAGUCGCUGCAGAACUACAUUAUGCCUUACGCCAUGACAGCUCUGUUCAGCGAGAAGAUGCUGAAGCAUGAAAAUAUGACCUCGGCCUCAGUGGAGGUGAUUGGGUCCGUGUGCAGGUGUCUCACCUGGUCCAGGUACCUGUAUUACCUCAAGUACUUUGUGCACGUGCUACAGACUGGACAGGCUGACCAGAAACUGGCUGUCAGCCUGCUGGUAACGGUGCUGGAGGCGUUCCACUUUGACCGGGAAACCCUGGGGAGAGAGCUGGAGGCGAUGAAGAGUCGAGAGACCGAGACUGCCAUGGAAGAGGAAGGCGAGGAAGAGGAGGAGGCCGUGGAGAUGGUGGAGAGUGACGGUGAAGAGGCUGGAGAAACAGUGGACAAAGAGCCGGUGCCGCACGCCACGGAGAGGCCUGACGAAUCCAAAUCGGCCUCGCUGGAGGAGGCGGUGCCUUCGGGCGAGGCAGUGGGGAAGGUUCCCAGUGGUCUUCCUCAGAGCAGAGAGGAACUGGAGUCUCUGAUCACUUCCAUCCAUCAAACCGUCACUGGGAGCGUUCUGCCCAAACUUCAGAAGUGCCUCACUGCCAAGGUAAAAAGGGAUGAGGAGCACAAGCUGGUGAAGUCCAAGGAAGUGAAGGAGGAAGAGGUGGUGAGGGUUCCCAUUGCCUUCGCCAUGGUCCGCCUCAUGCAGACUCUUCCGCAGGAGGUCAUGGAGGCCAACCUUCCGGGUAUCCUGUUGAAAGUGUGUGUUCUCCUGAGGAAUCGGUUCCAGGAGAUUCGAGAUGUGGCACGGAACACCCUGAUCAGAAUCAUAGAGACGCUGGGCUUUCGCUACUUGCAGUACCUGCUGAAGGAGAUGAAGAGUGUCCUGGUCAAGGGAUACCAGGUCCACGUGUUGACCUUCACUGUCUACCAGCUUCUGUCUGCCCUGUGCCCCUCCAUGAAAAGCGGAGACCUGGACCCCUGUAUGGACCUGCUGCUGGAGAUCUUCAACAACGAGUUGUUUGGCUCCGUUGCCGAGGAGAAGGAAGUGAAAGGAAUCAUUUCCAAGGUCAUGGAAGCGCGAAGCAGCAAAAGUAUGGACUCGUACGAGCUGUUGGCUCAGUUUGCCGGGCGGGAGCAUGUCACCCAACUCAUCCUGCCACUCAAAGAGAUUCUGGAGACCACGGCCAGUCUGAAGGUUUCUCGGAGGGUCCAUGCGGUGCUGCGGCGAAUUGUGUCUGGACUUCUGCUCAACAAGAGUAUGGACAAUCGGUCCAUUCUGCUGCUCAGCCACGGGCUGGUCAGCGAGAGCCUUCCGCUUCUCACCCAGAAAAACAAGGAGAAGGGGUCUGUGAAGCCCCCCCCGGACCCCCGGCUGCCCCCGGCCAGCUGCCUCCUCCUGCCACCGACGCCUAAAAGGGGCGGGAAUAAAGCGCCAGUCAGCAGCCGCACCAACAUGCACAUCCUGGUGGACACUGGGCUCAGGCUGUUGCACAUGAGUCUGAAGAGGUCAAAGGUUAAUUCGUCAGAUGCGUCUGUUCUGGAGAUGCUGGACCCGUUUGUCUCACUACUGUUAGACUGUCUCUUCUCUAUGCACGUGAAGGUAAUCACUGAGGCUCUGCAGUCUCUGUCCUGGAUUCUGAAGUUUCCUCUUCCUGCGGUGGAGAGCAGCGCUGAGAAGCUCACACGGCAGCUCUUCCUGCUGCUCAAAGACUACGCCAAGGCCGGAGCUGCUCGCGGAGAAAACUUCAACCUUGUCCUCAACUGCUUCAAGUCUAUCACCAUCCUGGUGAAGAGUAUGAAGACUCACCAGAUCUCUGACAAGCAGUUGCAAGUUCUGCUGGGGUACGCUGAGGAAGACAUCUACGACCAGUCCCGCCAAGCCACAGCCUUCGGCCUGCUCAAGGCUAUAUUGUCGAGGAAACUGGUGGUUCCAGAAAUGGAGGAUGUGUUGAAGAAAGUGGCCAAGCUGUCAAUCACUGGUCAAAAUGGGCAGAUCAGGGUCCAGUGCAGACAGAUUUACCUUAAGUACCUCCUGGAUUAUCCCCUGGGGAAAAAGUUGAGGGCACACCUGGACUUCAUAGUUGCACAGCUCAGUUAUGAAUAUGACACUGGCAGAGAGUCGGCUCUUGAGAUGAUGGCCUACAUUUUCCAGACUUUCCCUCAGGAUCAUCUGCAGCAGUACUGUGGGCUGUUCUUUGUCCCGCUGGCCCUGGUCAUGGUGAAUGAUGACUCGUCGUGCUGUAAGAAAAUGGCGGCUCUGGCAAUCAAAUCGCUGUUGAGCAAACUGAGCUUGGACCACCAGAAUACCAUGUUCACCCUGGUCAGCACCUGGCUGUCCAAUGAGAAGGUGUCCCACCGUCGGCUGGGAGCUCAGGUGUGCGGGCUUUUUGUGGAAGUGCAGGGGGAGGGGUUUGCCUGUCGCCUUGACACCCUGCUGCCCCUGAUUGAGAAAGAAAUGCACCCGUCCAACUACGAAGAUAUAGAGGAGGAGGAAGAGGAAAAAGCCGUUGACAGACUGCUCUUCAGCUUCCUGACGCUGAUCACCAAACUCAUCAAGGAGUGUGGCUUCCUCCAGCUCAGUAAACCAGCGGAGACACUUACCCAAAUCUGGAACCACACAAACGCUCACCUGCGGCACCCUCAUUCCUGGGUGUGGCUGACGGCCUCCCAGGUGUUCGGCCAGAUGUUCGCCGCCCACAAGCCAGAGGAGCUGGUCGCCCAGUGGAGGGGUCUGCAGGGUGACAUCACGGCAAACGUGCCAGUGGCCACCAAGUACCUAGUCACUGACCUGGACAAGAAAAUGAGAGAGCUGGUCUUAUCAUUCUGCAGUCAGCUUCAAUCCAAGUUCCUGGAUACAUCUCUGGGCGAGCAGGUGAUAAAGAACCUGCUGUUUGUGGCCAAAGUGAUUUACCUGAUAUCACCGGAGUCAGAAUCAACAGAGACCCUAGAGCAGGUUGAUGAAGAGGAGGAUGAACAGAAGGAGGCUGAGGACGAUGAGAAGGAGGAAGAGAAUGAACGACCUCCAUCCUUACUGUGGGUGAUGAAGAAGCUGUCUGUACUGGCGAAGAGGGAGGCAGCAGAUACGCCCAAAGUGCCACUGAAGAGGACGUGUGUGUUUAAGUUCCUGGGUGCCAUGGCUGUGCAUCUGGGGAAAGACCACCUCCAACCAUACCUGACCACCAUCAUUGCCCCACUCUUCAGGGAGCUGGACAGCACCUAUGCUGAUCAGGACCCCACUCUGAAGAACCUGUCCCAGGAGCUGAUGGACUUGCUGAAGAAGCAGGUGGGACUAGAGAGCUUCUCACUGGCUUUUGCUGCCGUGCAGAAGGAGGCCACACAGAGGAGAGCCAUGCGCAAGAGACACAAGGCCAUGCAGGCUGUUGCUAAUCCUGACAUCGCAGCCAAAAAGAAAUUGAAGAAGCAUAAAAACAAAAUUGAAGCCAAGAAGAGAAAGAUCGAAUUUCUGCGUCCGGGAUACAAAGCCAAAAAACAGCGUAGCCAUGGCCUGAAGGACCUGGCCAUGGUGCAGUGAGAUGGCCCUGUCUACAGUUGAUGACAUCACCUGACUGUACAGUCUACUGCUGAUGACUUACGUCAUCAGUUUCAGCUUUUGAGGAAGCAUUUAUAAUCUUGAACAGUGCAUGUUUGAGAAACUACUGGAUGUGCAGUUAAAUGUACACAUUUUUAUUGCAAAGAAAUCACUUUUGUAUAAAUACCUUCAAGAGCUUUGAGGUCAAGAAAAUAAAGAUUUUGCUUCCAAGGAAACAA